AAUAAACCUUGGAAGAACAAAGAGACGGACGUUAUCACUCGGUAAUAAAGCUUUGUAUUUUAGUUAGAAAGUUGCAAUUUCGACGAUUUUAUAUUCGAAGACAAAACUUUGACACGAUGAGGCAGCGAUUAAGCAUUAGUCGCUCUCCGGCUGGUAGAGAUUACAGCUGCGAAGAAAAAAAAUACAGUCGGAAGCGCCAUAGGCGAGAGUCACACAGCAGUGAACGGGAGAACAAACACAGAAAGUAUCCCAAUCACAGGAGAAGCACUGAAGGACAUUACCUGGAGAACCGAAGUCUAAACAAGAAGCUUGAGACGAAAGUUGUGGAUAUGGGGCAUGAUGAGGAGAGCCAUGUGAGUGUCUCUAGGGACCGGGAAAAGCAGCAUAUUUAUCGACGGAAUCGUGACCGGGACUGGCAUCACUACAGCAAAUCAUCUGGGUACAGCGGCCACAGCAGCCGGCAUGGACGAAGACGCAGUCGUAGUCGUUCACGCCACCGCCGCUCUCGCUCGAGGAGCCAUCGCAGGAAAAGAUCCAGAAGUGUUGAGGAUGAUGAUGAGGGGCACCUGAUCUAUCACAGUGGAGACAUACUCAGGGCGAGAUAUGAGAUUGUGUGCACACUAGGAGAGGGAGCGUUUGGUAAAGUUGUUGAAUGCAUUGAUCAUAAAAAUCGACGUGCUCGCGUUGCACUAAAGAUCAUUAAAAACAUUGAUCGCUAUCGAGAUGCAGCAAUGUCUGAGGUUGAGGUCCUGGAACAUGUGAACACUCUUGAUCCUGACAGAAAAUACUCCUGUGUGUGUAUGCUUGACUGGUUCGAUCACCAUGGUCAUGUUUGUAUUGCAUUUGAGCUGCUUGGCUUGAGCACAUUUGACUUCCUUAAAGAGAACAACUUCCAGCCCUUCCCAGUUGACCAAAUCAGACACAUGGCUUAUCAGAUCAUCAAAGCUAUUAAAUUCUUGCACCAGAACAAGCUGACACACACUGACCUGAAGCCUGAGAACAUCCUGUUUAUUGAUUCAGAGUACAAUCUCAAAUACAACUCAAAAAUGAAGCGUGAUGAAAGAACUGUAAAGAAACCAGAUGUAAAAGUGGUCGAUUUUGGAAAUGCCACAUACGAUCAUGAGCAUCACACCACUGUGGUUUCCACACGCCACUACAGAGCACCUGAAGUCAUUUUAGAGCUUGGUUGGGAUCAUUCCUGUGACGUAUGGAGUGCGGGUUGCAUUCUUAUUGAAUAUUACCUUGGCUCAACCCUUUUCCAGACCCAUGACAGUAAAGAACAUCUGGCCAUGAUGGAAAGAGUCCUGGGUCCCAUACCAACCAACAUGCUCCAGAAAACAAGGAAGCGGCGAUACGUUCGUCGUGAUAAACUGGACUGGGACCUGAACUCCUCAGGGGCGAGAUACGUUCGUAAACACUGCAAGCCUCUCAGGAGCUACAUCUCAUCUAAGAGUCUUGAUCACGAGGAUCUUUUUGAUCUUAUCGAGAAGAUGCUGGACUAUGACGUGACCAAGCGAAUCACUCUGGAUGAGGCCAUCAAACACCACUUUUUUGAUCCAAUUAGGAAAGGUCAUUAAUGAAAUGCACCUGAAUUAUCUGAUCUUUUUCUCUCUAAGAGAGGUUGCAUUAAGGUGACUGCAUCAGUCCCACUCAAGUCUAGUACUGUGUUUAUAUCCAUCCUCUGAUUUGUAAUUUAUUUGUGACUUGUAGCUUGUGUUCUAUUUUACAUGAUCUUUGAAAUGUGAAAGGGAGAGGGAUGUUAGCUAUGGCUGUGAAGUAAAUCUGUGUGUGUGUAGAUCUGUAGUAUAAUAACAUUGGUUGUAUUUCUGUAGUAAUCUCCUUUUUUCAAUAAAAAUUUUUAUUUGCA